AUGGAGGAUGAGGGUGAAGGGGAAGAUCAAACAUAUUAUUUAGAGGUGUUUCCCUGGAGUGUUGCCUGUGAAUUUAAAUGUGAAGAUGAAAUGAAUGGAGAGGGCUCACCUAGUUUAACUGUCUAUGGUUAUUAUUGGCAUCGGGAGGGACGAGGGUCUGUGGAUGGGUCGGGGCCCUGGCGGUUGCGACGAACUUUUUUGUGGCGAUCAGAUUUUGGGACUUUGCCUCUACAACUCGGAAUCUUUGACGGGGAUCACCUCCGGUUUCUUGGGUCGCCCUUGAGUUACUCGACGGCCAAAUCUCUCCACCCUCAUCACAACCGCCUCAAGCGCCGCCGCCGCCGCCACGAGGCUUCUCAAUCAAUUCGUGAGGCAACUUUGAUGAUAUCUGUAAUCUGUUCCAUCUUGAAGAUUUAG